AUGGAUUUCCUCAAGUCAGCGGUAGCCUCUGCGAUUGCGAAGAGCAGCUCGUUUCCAUACUCGUUCGGAGACAAGGUCGAUAAUGGCGACUCGAUUUGGACGCUUCACAAUGGCACGAAGAAGACGGAAACACAAAUCUAUAUCGUCGUGGAGCGAGUUACUCCCCUCUCUUGGCCAGUCAAACGGCGGAGUCUGUCAGAGGAAACGAUAAAAUGGGGGCUCUAUACCAUUGCUUCCACUCUUAAAUUUAUCAACGAAGACGCCUCAUCGACAUAUGGGAGCCUAUUGCCGGACUCCAGGCGAUACAACCCUCCAGAAGUUCUUAAAGGUGGAUGGGAUGUUAUAAAAAGCAACCCUCUUCCAGCCGUGGACGCGUAUAAUUUUGGAGCAGUGGUGUUUGAGGUUUUCAACGGAUCCUUCAAGGGGGGUGAGCAAGCCGGGCAAACAUCAAAUAUACCCCCCACCCAUUUCCUCGAUCAGGGAAAACGCUCGGGAGGCUUCUUCCAGACACCGCUGAUCAGACUAACUCAAGAUAUUGAAAGUCUAGGGCUUAAAAAUGAAGAAGAAAGAGAACAAUUUAUCAAUGAACUGGAUGAAUUAUCUGAUGAUUACCCUGAGGAAUUCUUUAAAAUGAAAGUUCUACCUGAGCUACUCAAAUCUGUAGAAUUUGGUGGAGGCGGGCCGAAAGUACUCUCUACUAUUUUGAAAGUUGGCACAAAACUAACCGAUGACGAAUAUGCGCAAAAACUUAUACCGGUCAUUGUUCGGUUAUUCGCAAAUCCAGACCGAGCAAUCCGCGUGUGCCUGCUUGAUAAUCUUCCCCUUAUGAUCGACCGUAUACCCCAGAGAACCGUAAAUGAUAGAAUAUUUCCACAAAUGGUCACAGGAUUUACAGACCUUGCACCGGUAGUUCGAGAACAAACAGUCAAGGCUGUUUUAGCUAUAAUAGGCAAAUUAUCUGAUCGCACUAUCAACGGUGAACUAGUACGGUAUCUUGCUAAAACCGCCAACGAUGAACAGCCCGGUAUCCGUACAAAUACUACAAUAUGCCUGGGCAAAAUUGCUAAGAAUCUAUCGGCGGGUUCUCGGCCAAAGAUCCUUGUAGCUGCCUUUUCCCGUUCAUUAAGAGAUCCGUUCGUCCAUGCACGAAACGCUGGGCUUCUUGCUCUAGCGGCAACGCUGGAUCUCUUUUCUGAGGAAGACUGUGCCGUCAAAGUCUUACCAGUAAUCAUCCCUGCACUGAUCGAUAAGGAAAAGCUUGUUCGAGAUCAAGCCAACAAGUGUGUAGACCUAUACUUGCACCGAGUACGCAAAUUUAGCUCGACUAUGGCCGACACGGCAAUUCCACCACAAGACCGAGGGAACCCGUCAGUGGUAGCCACCAGAUUGCCUAGCCCUAACAACGCAGCAUCGUCAUGGGCCGGAUGGGCCAUAUCAUCUUUCGCGAGUAAACCAGGGGAAACCAAAGGAGUCAUUGAACCAAUUCAACCGACCCUACCAAAAUACAAUGGCAAGCCAGUGAACGAUUCCAUGCCAAAUUCACGAGCUGCAUCAACAGCUCCCACCAUUGCGCAAAAUGCCGCACGAUUCUCGCAGCCAAUAACAGCUCCAGUUUCAGCCGCAGCUACCCCUGACCUACUAGAAGAGGAUGAUGAGAGCAAUGCGUUUGAGGAUUGGGGUGCAAUGGAUGAAGCUAUUGAUGAUGAUGUGGAGGUUCAGGAGCAGGAAGAAGCAUUCCUUGAAACUACACAAUCUCCCAGCCCGGCUCUCUCGCCUCGACCUCACCAUUUUGCAGAUGAAGGAGAGCCCGACUUCGCUGGGUGGCUUGCUAGUCAAUCUAGGGCGAAAGCAAAUAAACCGUUAGCAAAAGUGGUUAAGAAAUCCAUGGCCUCUGGGAACUCCAGCAAUACACAAGCCAAGCCGACACGGGCAAAACCUAAGGCACAGCUUCAGCCUGCAAAGAAGAUCGAUACGAAGCCUAAAGACGAACCGUUAGAUGAUGACGGGUGGGGAGAUGCCUGGGAGUAA